CUGGUUCAUCUAUAAGAGAGUAAUGAACAUCGUAAUAUACAACCAACAAUCAACUUCCCACUUUUUAUGUCCUGCAUGCAAUUGAUCUGACCGUUGAACUAUAUAUUGAGAUUGCAGCAAUUCCAUUACUUUCUACCUUCAAGUUUCAACUAAUAUCUACAACUAUAAUUUAUCAGUCUCCUACGUAUAUCCAAUAUUUCAAGGAAUGUCUAAGCCCAAUCUUCUGUCUCAAUGCCUAUUUGUAUUGCUCCUAGCACACAUCUGCCAUGUCUCCCAUGCUGAUGUUGGAACAGCUGCCCGCUACAGACCCCCAUAUUUGCCCACGGCGUGUUUCGGAAGCGAUGCCGACCAAUUCCCAUCAAGCAACCUGUUUGGGGCGGCCGGCGAGGGGAUAUGGGACAACGGCGCCGCCUGUGGGAGACAAUAUUUGGUGCGGUGCAUAAGCGCACGUGUUCCUCGGACUUGCAUUCCAGGGCAGAUCAUUCAAAUAAGGAUCGUUGAUCGUGCACUUUCUUCGGUUUCUAGGCCUUCCAGGGAUGAUACUACCAUUGUUCUUUCUACUACUGCUUUUGGGACAAUUGCCAACCCUUCUGCUCCUUUCAUUAACGUUGAAUUCUUACAGGUUUGAAGUGGACAUACAAUUAUAGGAAGAAAUUUUUCUGCAUGAUUCAUAAUUAUGUACAGCUGAAUUGUAUUUGGUCCCGUUGGUCUUAUUACUAGAUAAUUAUAAUUCAAAGGCAACAUAUAUAAUCAUCUGGUAUGCACGUGGCUUGUUUGCUGUGGAUGGAUCGGAUGGCCUGUAAUUGAUUUAAGGAUCCCACAUGGAAAGCAAAUCUUGAUGAUCAUCAUUAUCUUGUAUACCUCUUGUUUAUCUCCAAAUAAGAUAUGUGUAAAUUUAUCGUU